AUGCUUGUUCAGAGGAGGCUCCUGGGCUCUCUCAACUCCACCCCUACGGCCACCCCUCAGCUCCAGCUGGCCACCAACCAGACGGGCCCCCAGUGCCUGCUGGUGUCCGUUCCUGACGGGCUCUUCCUUGGCCUGGGGCUGGUGAGCUUCGUGGAGAACAUGCUGGUAGUGGUUGCCAUCGCCAAGAACCGCAACCUGCACUCUCCCAUGUACUGCUUCAUCUGCUGCCUGGCCCUGUCUGACCUGCUGGUGAGCACCAGCAGUGUGCUGGAGACUGCCGUCUUCCUGCUGCUGGAGGUGGGCGCCCUGGCAACGCCAGCCACUGUGGUGCAGCAGCUGGACAAUGUCAUGGACGUGCUCACCUAUGGCUCCAUGGUGUCCAGCCUCUGCUUUCUGGGGGCCAUUGCUGUGGACCGCUACAUCUCCAUCUUCUAUGCACUACGUUAUCACAGCAUUGUGACGCUGCCCCGCGCACGGUGGGCCAUCGUGGCAAUCUGGGCGGCCAGCAUCCUCUCCAGCACCCUCUUCAUCACCUACUACAACCACGCAGCUGUCCUGCUUUGUCUCGUCACCUUCUUUCUGGCUAUGCUGGCACUCAUGGCAGCUCUCUACAUCCACAUGCUGGCCCGGGCGUGCCAGCAUGCCCAGGGCAUCGCCCAGCUCCACAAGAUGCAGCGACCAGUGCACCAGGGCUUCCGUCUGAAGGGUGCUGUGACCCUCACUACUCUCCUGGGUGUUUUCUUCCUGUGCUGGGGCCCCUUUUUCCUGCACCUCACCCUCAUCGUUCUCUGCCCCCAGCACCCUGCCUGCAGCUGUGUCUUCAAGAACUUCAACCUGUUCCUGGCCCUCAUUAUAUGCAACUCCAUUGUGGACCCUCUCAUCUAUGCCUUCCGCAGCCGGGAGCUCCGCCUGACACUCAAGGAGGUGCUGCUGUGCUCCUGGUGA